CAAGUGCGGGGCACUUUAGAAGCUUCCUUGUGGCCUUGUGGCUGAACCCUUACACUAUUAGAGCUAAGCCACAAAACGAUCAUCACGACAAUCCCUAAAACUACGCACGCCCUCUAAACCCGAACAACACAUACUCGAAGCUAUUCACAGAUUUCCAGACAGCGGUCUGAGACUUACCAGCCAACUGACUACUCCCCUACGAGACUACUACUCAUAUCGGUAACACCAACGGCCGCAAUGGCAGACGCCCGAGCCCUACUUCGCGCUCACCGCGCCGAGAACCGUAUCAAGCAUCCUCAUGCCGCAUACUCGGAUGCCGGGAAACUAUUAUGCAAGCUAUGCCACGAGCCCGUAAAGACAGAGGCCCUGUGGGAAAGCCAUGUCCGGAGUCCGAACCAUAGGAAAAGAGCACAGAUACUACAGAGCAACCUCACCGAGCAGCCGCAGGCGGUAUCUUCGACUGAUGGGGGUAACGGCAAGCGGAAACUCGACGACGUGGACGAAGGCAUGUCUGAUGCAGACGGCGACGCGGAAGAGGCAAUACGGAAGAAGCGUAGCAAGCCCGACCUGGCCUUAUCCACGAGCACCGGCGGUGAGAAGAGGCAGUCACCUUCGGAGCUAUCGAGGCGGACUUCACAUCCACCCGUGCAAGGUGUCGAGAUCGCGAUACCGUCGCGACCCGCCACGCCAGCAGCCAGUUCCAGCCCCGCGACCUCGACGCCUAAGGGCGCUCCCGUCGGCCGCUCACCGCUCAUCGACUCCGAGACCACAUCUAUAUCUACAUCCACGCCCUCGAACCUCCCUAUCUCGACGCAAUCUCUCUCCGUACCAUCCUCCACAACCACAACCACAAGCACAACCACCGCCCCGCCACAACCCCAACCAUCCAACGGCGCCGUAGACGAAGCCGAAUGGGCUGCCUUCGAAGCCGAACUUGCCGCCGAACCCACACCAACAUCCGGUCCGCAAGGCUACUCCGCCGACGCCACCAUCUCAGCACCCGCAAUGACCGCCGCCCAGAUCGCCGCUAAAUCGCAAGAAGAAGAGAACGAGCGGCGGAAGCACCUCGUAGACGCGCAAAUCGCCGACGAGCGGGAAGACGCGACGCGUGCGCUAGAGGCCGAAUUCGAAGAAAUGGAAGAGCUAGAAGGGCGCGUGCGGCGGCUCAAAGAGCGCCGGGAGCAGCUGCGCAAGGGCAGCGUCGCGAAUCUCCGCAGUGCCGCCGCCGCCGCCGAUGAUGACGUAGUCAUGGCUAAGAGCCCGGCGGACGGCAAGGAGAAUAACGACUCCGGUAUACCCGAAGAAGACGAAGACGAGGAGGAUGACGACGAAGAUGAUGAUUGGGUUGCAUUUCGACUUCGGUAGGAGGGGCACGAAAUUAAGAAUUUGUAUAAGGGAGGGAUGAUGACGAGACAUAAUAAUACUGGACCCGACUUCAGCUUGAUUAAUAGGAAAAGGGGGUACUACUUUGCAUAGGGCCACGACGGCGUUAUUCUGAGCCUUGCCAAUAAAAGGACGGCGCAUAAGGGCUAAAUGAAUUCAAAAAGGUGAGAGCAUCUAGUUGCAUUUAUCUGGGACCCGGCAUUAGAUACAUAAUUGCUUCUUGUAUUGAUGUACAUACAAUAUUAUACG